UGUGAAAGCUGUCACAUCACUUUGUAGAUUGUAUAAAAUUAAAUUUUCUCAUUCUGCAAAAAAGUUAAGAUUAAAAAAAUACAUCAGCAAUGGGUAGCUAUUCCCGUGAACCAGAUAAUAAUGCCAAGUCCUGCAAGGCGCGUUCUCCCAAUCUUCGUGUUCAUUUCAAGAACACCCAUGAGACUGCCAGGGCCAUAAAGAAAAUGACACUGCGUCGUGCCAAGAGCUACCUGAAGGCUGUCAAGGACCAGAAGGAGUGUGUGCCCUUUCGCCGUUUUAAUGGAGGCAUUGGACGCUGUGCUCAGGCCAAGCAAUGGAAGACCACCCAAGGUCGCUGGCCCCGCAAGUCGGCUGAGUUCCUGCUCCAGCUGCUGCGCAAUGCCGAGGCUAAUGCCGAGUUCAGAGGUCUGGAUGUGGAUCGUCUGUUCGUGGAUCACAUUCAGGUUAAUCGAGCGCCACGUAUCCGUCGCCGUGUAUGCCGUGCUCAUGGUCGAGUCAAUCCCUACACGUCCUCCACCUGCCACAUCGAAGUCAUUCUCACCGAGAAGGAGGACAUUGUCGCCAGGUUCACCGACGAUAUGAAGAUGAAGUUGUCGAAUAAGAAUAAGAAUAAGUCUCGUUCCAAAUAAGCUGUCUACUGGAAUGUGAGGAACACCUCUACCCAUCAGAGGUCACUUUGUCUCUUUACCUACUCCUCUCUUUCUUUACUACUAUGUGAAAUUUGAGACCAGCGCUAAUUAAGCCAUUUUUCACUUUUCCGAACGCUUUUUGCACAGAGACAGCAAAUAAAAUGAAAACAUUACCAACAAGAGAAAUGGAAGAACAAUAAAGAAAUGCCACAAUUGGGGUGUUUAUAUUGA